GUAAAUCAUUUUAUUUUCAUAGUUAUAUUGAUGUUUGAGCAUUCCCAACACGCACAAGGCCAGAGCAGAAAAGGAUUUCGGUAGAAUCAAGUUUGAUAAAUUGAUAAUUGCAUAUAAGCUAGCUCUUUUUAAGAAUGGGAAACGUGCUAGCAUCUACCGCAAAAGCGGAGAACUCUCGAGGGCGUGGAAAUGUGUCUGCCGGAUUGAGUUUGCCAGAGGCGCCUACACCUCCUUCCGCAGGAAUACCGCCACAGAUGGUAGAGGCGUUGGAAUCAGAAGCUCGACAGUUGGAGCUGGAGAAUCCCGGAACAGUUGAGGAGCUGCAUAGUCGCUGUCGUGAUAUUCAGGCCAACACCUUCGACGGCGCCAAGAUCAUGCUGAACAAGGGCUUGAGUAACCACUUCCAAGUGACCCACACCAUCAACAUGAAUUCUACGGCACCCAGUGGCUAUCGCUUCGGUGCCACUUACGUGGGGACUAAGCAAUAUGGCCCAAACGAGGCUUUUCCGGUCCUCCUUGGAGAGAUAGAUCCGAUGGGUAACCUCAAUGCGAACGUCAUUCAUCAGCUAACAUCACGACUACGGUGCAAAUUUGCCUCACAGUUUCAGGACUCUAAGCUGGUUGCCACCCAAUUGUCGGGUGACUAUCGCGGCAAAGACUACACAUUAUCCUUGACGUUGGGCAAUCCGGGCAUCUUGACGGGCUCUGGAGUUGUCGUAUGCCAGUACCUGCAGGCAGUCACCCAGAGAUUGGCUCUCGGAUCGGAGUUGGCCUACCAGUACGGACCAAAUGUUCCCGGACGCCAAGUGGCUGUGUUGUCAGCGGUAGGUCGCUAUGCCAUCGGGGAUUCCGUGUGGUCAUGCACUUUGGGGCCUGGUGGCUUCCAUCUCAGCUACUACCAGAAGGCCAGUGAUCAGCUACAGAUCGGAGUCGAGGUAGAGACCAAUUUGCGCCUCCAAGAGUCCACGGCCACGGUGGCCUACCAGGUGGAUCUUCCCAAGGCAGACUUGGUCUUCCGCGGCAGUCUAGACUCCAACUGGCACAUUGCCGGCGUCCUCGAGAAACGCCUCCAACCUCUUCCCUUUUCGUUGGCCAUUAGCGGUCGCAUGAAUCACCUAAAGAAUAGCUUUCGGUUGGGCUGCGGCCUAAUGAUCGGAUAA